UUUAUAUGUUGUAAUAGUUGGCCUUUUCUCUAUAUAUUUUGUACUUAUUAAUUUUAUUCUCAUCGUAACUUAGCAGCACAUUGUAACUCUCUGACCUACGCCAUAUAAGCCUCUGGCUUUGGCGUCUUAUUAUCGUUAACUUGUGCUUUGUGUACUUACUUAUCAAUAAGAAUAAAGUUUACCAUAUGAAAAGCUGUUGGCCAUAGCUUCUUCAUCUUUUCUUACUACUUGGACAAAGGGGUGUAAGAACCCACUCUGCUGUUCAUUAAAGUUAGAGGUGUAUUUAUUUAUUUAUUUAUUUAUUUAUUAUUUUUUGGCAGGCUUAUCAAAAAACAGACCUGGACAUUUCUCCUGUGAAGAAGCUCGUACGAAAGUUACUGAUGAUUAUGUCCAGACCUGCAAGGCUCCUGGAGUGUCUGGUAAACAUACUAUUUUAGGGCAGUGAUUUGUCCUAUUUGUGUUCUUUCAAUUCAGCUAUCUGUGUGAUUACUUCUCUAGUAAAAUCGUUAUUGAAUUAUUUGACAGGAAUUUAGCCCUGAAGAUUUUUACAACCAGUUGGAAGAAGAAAGUAAAGAACUAGAAAAAAUCCCAGACAAGACAGAUAUCACACAAUACGUCAAAGUAAAGCUUGGACUUGUACAAGUUGAAGAACCUACACCAGACUCAACAGAGGUGAUUUUACUUAACAACAUUUUAGGUUUCAUUUGAAGACCCCCAAGGUACAUCCAGGAUUGAACUUAUAGUAACCACAGAAAAUUUUCCCAGCAUUAGUUUAAAAAAGAUGAGAACUUAAAUUUUGCCAGACAUUACCUUUGUUUCUGAAGAUUCUCUGAUGAUCUUUCAUCGCACUGGCUUAAGUUAGGAGGCUGCGUGGCCAAGCUGUUAGAGUUCAAGUCACGCUCUGCCCGCUGACUGGAUUUGUUCAUGGUAGUCCGGAGUACCUGAUACACACCAUCUUUCAACUAGUGUUCAAAUGGUGACUGUAAUUUACUGUUUUUUCCUAGAAAUCUGACAGUCCCAGCUCCUUGGUUGGUGAACCGCCUAAUGAAGAUGACUUUCAAUAUAUAAAGCUCAUCAGUAAUGGAGCUUAUGGGUAUGUGUGUAUUUUGUCAGUGCAAGUUUGUUGCUUGUGAUAGGAAAGUAUCAAUGGACACUUGAGUUGAUGUAUUGCUUUUCUUAUUCCCCUUGCAGUGCUGUGUACCUAGUGAGGCACAAGCAAACACAAAUGCGCUUUGCUAUGAAGAAAAUGAAUAAACAGUUGAUGCUGCACAGAAAUCAGGUACAUUGAUAUAAAUAAGCUGUUCUAUAGGUAUUGUACCCAGUGAUGCUAUUAAAUGCCUGGCCUUACUUCCUGUAAGUACCCUUUCUCUUUUAAGUGUCACCGCUCAUGUUCCCAAAAUUAAAUUGAGCGGCCUGUUUCCAGCAAGCCCAAAUUCCCCUUUCAUUUCGAAAAUGAGAUCUUAAUUGCAAGUCACGGUAGCUGGUCAUGUCAGAAUAACACAAGAAACUUGUAGCUUGACCUUGACCUUAAUAGCAAUUAGGUUGCAUUUCAUGUGCUAUUUGGGUCAAUUGUUAAUUGUAGAAAAUUGAAUAGGCGCUCUCGUUCAAGUUCCCACAAAUGCAUGAAAAAGCCCCCUGGAUGGUUAUUAGGUUAUUUAUUAUUAUUACUCACUGCAGUCUGGAUCGGUGAUGUGAGUUUUCUGAUGCAUAAAAGAUUGAAGACAGUGGUUUUCUUUAAUUAAAAUCAAACAAAAUAAAAAGCAAAACAAAGCAAAGCAGAAGAAAACCGAGCAAAAACCGAAUAACAGUGCUGAGCAUCGCCAGCUAGAGCCUGACUAUUUCAUAUUCACUUUGUUUUAAAGGUGCAACAGGUGUUUGCUGAAAGAGACAUUUUAACAUUUGCUGAGAAUCCAUUUGUGGUUGGGAUGUGGUGCAGUUUUGAGACUAAAAAACAUCUGUGUAUGGUGAUGGAGUAUGUAGAGGGAGGUGACUGUGCCUCACUUCUCAAGAAUAUGGGUCCCCUACCAAUGGAUUUGGCCAGGUAAGCGGAACUGAGCUGCUGCUGUAUCAAGCAAUUAGCCACACUAGCCCUAGUUGUUUAAAAUAUGGAUAACGCUCAUAUCCAACUUUUAAAAAAAACAUUGGCCAGGUCAAGUUAAAAUCUUGGAGUAGCCCUUGAAAUCCGAAGGAAUAUUAAGUAUUACAUUAAAUAUAAAAAACCACGGAUGGACAGAAAAAGAAGUUUAAAUUGGAUUUUGGUCAUUUAGAAGUUAUUAAUUUCGUAAACGUUCUCUAUUGCCUUUAAUAGGUAGUAACUGACAAAAUGAAACAAAAUGGUCAUCUCUGUUGUUGCAAAAUUCCUUUCAUACUUGUAGUUGCCAAUAGGCGUAAUUCUAUUGACAUGUUGUAAUCUGUUGUAUUGUUGUACUAACGUUUGAAGCUGCAACCUACCUAUUAAAAUAAGUUUAAAUAUUGAGUUGAUCCAGACAGGAGGUUUGUGCGUUUUCUAAGAUGAAAAAUAGACGGAUUCCCUCUUUUUCUCUCCCCUCACUCUCCAUCCUGGCACUCACUAGAGCGGCGAAGUGCGAGGAGAGACUACUGUAUUCGCAGGCUGAAUUGGAAGCCAUUUUUGCUCUUUAUAAUUUUUUCCUCUCAAUCAAGAUCACUCGGCAUAAUGUUAUGUCAGUAUAUUUAGUUCAUGAUAGCGAGAAUAGAUUAAGCUACCUUGUAGGCAUCUUAAAAUUACAAUUUUUUAUGAACUGCCUUAUUUAAAAAGGCUAAAGAGCCGCUGAAGAUCCUUUCAACAAUGGUAAAUGACUCAACUACUGAAAUUAAACGUCAAACCACUGUUACUUUCUCAACUAGUUUUUCGGAUGUUAAUGAUUGUCAAUGUGAGUUUUCUUGAUGACUGGUUGAUUUUUUUUAAUGCCUUAGGUCCUACAUAGCAGAGACACUGCUCGCUGUUGAGUAUCUCCAUAGCUAUGGAAUUAUACAUCGUGACAUCAAGCCUGACAAGUGAGUUGCCCUCUCUGAAGACACCAUAACGCCUUACUCAAUAUAUAGGGUACUAAUCGGACUGCUUUUAAAUUGUUAAACACACAAUACAGAUUCUGUCAUACAAUCCAGAAAAAAAAUAACACACAGCAACUACGAAUGUGCAAUAACAACCUGUAGUAGUCAAUACGAUGCCUUGCCACAACCUUUCCUUGCGUUUCCGCUCACCACCGUCAGUGUUUUAGUUACGGUAUGUAAGGUCUCGGGAAAUGCUCAUGGGUGCAAGGUUAAGGGUGCAGAUACUAUUGAGUGCUAACUUUAUGUUUGUGUCGCAGUCUUUUGAUAACAUCCAUGGGACACAUAAAACUGACUGAUUUUGGUUUGUCAAAGGUUGGACUGAUAAACAGUAAGUAAUAUUUGUUUUCAUUAUACAGUACCACGUUUGUCGCGUGUACAUCGCUAAAUAGGUGAAAUAACAUUCACAACCUUUGUUCUCUGCAUCGUCGAACCUUAGAUGCUCUUAAAAUGCUCAGUAAACAUACAUAAGUGGUUACCUGUUACCCUUCUUUUAACCACCCUGGAACUGGGGGGCCUAUUUCCUUUCGCAAACGGUCAUUGCCAUGUGAAACGGUCGACGCCAUCCGGGCCAUUGGUGAUAUUGUGGUGAAGAUGGUGCCCUGCAUGUAAAUAAAUUUCUUGUUCCUCACUAUCACCUGGUUCCUUUAUAACCCUGUAGUUUGAACUAUUCUCAGAGAAUGUGUUUACAACUCGUUUGUUUAGCCAGGCGUUUUUAAAGUGGCAAACAAUAGCUUGUAUGGGUUUGGUUUUCCCACUGUAGGUUGGGUCUUGUGAUAAUAUUCCAGAGGGGAUCCCACCCCCCACCCCACCCCUCUCAGUUACAGGCCCAUCUUCAUGUAAACAAAAAAUUAGAUCUGAUUUUAAGUCCCCCUCAGAUAUGUACUGAAGUGAACUCGAUUGUAGCUUGUUUUAAAGCGCUUUUUUAUUUCGGAUGUAUACCCCCGCCCCUCCCUUUAUAAGCCCUCGUAAAACCCUUUACGAAGUUCUAUAAGCCCAGGUCUUAUAAUGUGUGUGGGCAUAAUUUAUGAAGAGGACAUAGGAGCAAAUUCCCUCAACACCUUUCUUGGGAAAACAAAACGUACAAGCUAAAGAGGUCUAUUCCAGUCUCUCUAGUAUGUUUUCGUUUAUUGCAGUGAUCUUGAAUUUUUUUUUUUCAAGGUACCACUCAUAUGUUUGAACAUUCACUGGCCCAAGAGACAAAGCAGUUUACAGACCAGCAAGUAUUUGGCACCCCGGAUUAUCUGGCCCCUGAGGUUAUUCUAAGGCAAGGCUAUGGAAAGCCAGUAGACUGGUGGUCCCUAGGUAUUAUACUGUACGAGUUUCUCAUUGGUGUGCCUCCUUUCUAUGGUGAUACUCCUGAAGAGCUUUUUGCUGAUACUUUAAGUGGUAAGUGGUUCAGAAUUCGUAGAUCUUGUUGGGCUUUUUUAUACAAAAUUUAUCUUGCUACAAUUGUAAUGAACGUACCAAUACUUAAUGGCAAGGAAUAGAAGCCUAUAGGCCCUUUGCAGCUAGCCAUUCACGUGGUACAAAACCGCCACGUUGGAGAGCAAAAGUCGCACUGGGACAAGACAAACAAAAGACAUACAUAAUGUUAAAUGGUAAUUUUCUUUGUUUGUCUUUUCCCAGUGCGACUUUUGCUCUCCAGCACGGCGGUUUUGUACCACGUGAAUGGCUAGCUGCAAAGGCCCUAUUCAGUCCUAAGACCUGAAUUUUAGUGUCUUGCUUGCAACUAAAGUCAUCUGGGCGUGUCGUAGUCCGUGAAAACAGAAGCUCUUACUCUCUUACGGGGGUGUUUGUUAUCACUACCUGGCUGCUCGUUAUUGUUGCUUGCUGUGGUUGAUGUUUUCUUUUUUUUUAAUGCUGUUAAAGGAAUAAUAGAAUGGCCCAGUGAAGAUGAAGCCCCACCAGAUGACGCGCGUGACCUGGUCACUAGAUUGCUGGAGCAGGAUCCCAUUGCGCGCCUGGGAACAACAGGUAACUGCACUCAAAACCCAUUCCCGCCACUUGUAUCCCAUGCAGCCUCUAAGACGCUUGUCCUGUAUCUUUUCACAGGCUCACAUGAGGUGAAGGAACAUCAGUUUUUUGUUGGUUUAGACUGGACAGCGCUGCUUCGACAAAAAGCUGAAUUUAUUCCACAGUUGGAUGGAGAAGAUGAUACCAGCUACUUUGACUGUGAGUUUUUUUCAGAAUUCCCUUGUGUGUUUAUUGUUGCUGACAAGGACUUUGACAACUCAUCGUUUUUGGCGCGUUCAAAUGAAGCAAAUGGAAACUCCUUUCCUUACUAGAAAGUCUUUUGUUAAAAUGAUUCAGCUCUAUAAGGCUCCGUGCAGACGCCGUACUUCACAUGAGUAAAGAGCCGAAUCGAAUUAAUUCAGUGAAUAAUUAAGUUCAUGUGAAGUACGGCAUCUGAAUCAAUUUAAAACGGCUCGGCCUUUCUUCUCGGCUGGGAGUAACGGCUGUUGACUGGCGCUGAUUCAGACGCCAAACUUUCCAUGAGCCGAACCAACGACGUAAUUUAUUAGUAAGUAGUAUAGUUUUCCGAAAUGCGCUUUUUUUCGCUUUUAAAUUUAGUUUGGCUGAAAUAAAGAUCGACGUCUGAAUCUGUUCAGCCAGCCUAAAUGAAUUUGAGUCGGCCUUAAUGAAGUACAACGUCUGAACUUGGCCUAAGAGCAGGAUUCAUGGUUGUGUUUAGGUGUUGUAAAAUAAUAUUAACUCUUUUAAUAUUCAGCUCGUACUGACCGCUAUAACCACGAGGUUGAAACUGAUGAUGAUGAGGACGAUGAUGAGGAAUUCAGGAACCUUUCGAGCGAGUUCAGUAAUUUCUCCACAUGUUCACCUCGAUAUUCCCGCAUCCUUGCUUCCCCUGUACCAUCACCAGUUCCUUCCCCAGGCCCUUCGUCUCCUGUCUCAUCUAACGAUGGAAAGAAAACCUCUGAUAAUAAAGACUCGGGUGAAGAAGUGUGCAUUCCACGCAGUGAUCAGAGCUCGGAUAGUUCUCCUCCUACUGUCCGAAGAAGCUUGAACGGACGGAGUCCUUGUCGCCAGGAGCAGGAUCCCGAGGAUUUACCGAGGCAACGAAGUGAUAGCGGCGUUGACGAACGUGAAUCCCGGAGUAGAGGAAACUCAACGAGCGAGUAAGUAUUUGAGGUCCAUUUAUCCAGGUUUCCAUAUGAAGUUAGCGUUUGAGAAUAUUUGACUAUAAUUUCUAGUUCGCCGUUGCCUGUAUAUCUGUGAUUGUUUGAGGACUUUAUAUAGUCUGUUGGCAGAACCUGUGUAACGAGGUGUAAAUUGGCUCGUUUAACCGCAGCUAAUGCGCCUUAAAUACGAUACAGUUACAAUUUAUGAUUAAGUGCACUUUGAAAUUGAGUGGCUUGUGGAAGUCGUGGUUGGUUUUUGUUGUUGUUGUUCAUUAUUAUUAUUGAUUGAUUGAUUGAUUGAUUUAUUUAUUUACGGUCGAAGCUCUCUACAACGGCCACCUUGGGGACAGAAGAAAGUGGCCGCUGUGGAGAGGUAGCUGUUGUGGGGGAGUAGGACUGUAAUAUGACAAUUUUUUUUAAGGAGUACAACAUGUCUAAUUGUGCCAAGUUCAUGUCUACUGUCUCCCGUAAUGGUAAUAAUCCAAUCAUAAAUAGUAUAUAGAGAUAAAAUACCCAAAAAGCUUGAAUUAUGUUUUGAAUCAAAAUGUUAAGGUUCGCAACAUUCGCUAUAAGUAUCGUAGAUAAUUUAUGCUUACUGAAGCAGUGUAAAUGAAGCAAAAUCAAAAUACGAUUGCCGCGAUUAAUCAUCUACGCGCCAUACGGAUCAAAUUUCAUUACCAUUCUUGACUUUUUCAUCAUUCGUUGAACAAACUAGCCGUUGUCGAGGGGUUAUUUUGGCAGUUGGGGACGCGUUGUAGUGGCUGUUGCCGUUGUGGGAAGGUUUGAAUAAGAGUCAAUGUAUGGACUGUCCGCCUGAACAAAAUAUGGUGGCCUUUUUAGAGAGGUUGCCGUUAGUGGAGGUUCGACUGUAUUUACUUAUUUUAGUAUUGUUGUUUUUUUGUCAGCUCCCUAACCCCUGUAAGUCCCGAGUCUCCUGUCACUCCUCCCACGGUUCGGUUAAGAAAGAAGGCGUACUCAGACUUAUCCCCAGUCCCGCUGUUGUCACUGUCAACCGACGAGGAAAGUCCGACCCAUUCUCCCGCGUCCACUUCAGCCAGGCUUACCACGGAGACUGAGGCGAGGCACCGGGUUCACCGAACCCAUUCCCUUCCCGGCGAAAAGCGUGAUACACUUAGGACUAAUGCUCCCAAGCUGGAACUGUCACGUAAGUCUUCAUACUGUGCCGUAUUGAUCUAUAACAAGAAGAAAAGAGUCUUUGACAUGAAAUGCUAUAUACAUGCGUUUGCAAAUCAAGGUGUAUUUUGUUAGUGAAGCGAUGAGCUAAAGCCGGCGUCGAGUGGCGUCUUUAAUGACAUCAUGGGGACUUACAGAUAUUUUGAGCAACAACUAUUUGCCCUCUGUCGUUCCCCUUUGAAUUGAGAAAGUAAAAUCAGGAUAGUUAUCAGAACCCUCAAUCUACACAAGAUUCAACUAGGUUUUCCGGCAAAAUCAUUUACUAUGGACGAAACAACGGAAAAUGUGUAGAGAAAAGGGGAAAUGAGUGGUUUGUAUUAUGACAUGUAGUGCACAUUUAUAUACUGAUACAGUUUUCUUAACAUCAUGUUCUGAAUGUUAGAGGAAAAUGUUGAUCGUAAAAACAAGAGCCUUCUUUUUAGUUCCAUUUAGUUGCAUUGUUUACGGCUUAUUCUUGCCAAUAUGGCUUAGACGAUUUUUCAUUCAUUUGCCCGUGUUCAUCUGGUUUAUUCCUGCUAUUCUGGAGAAGUAACAAAAUAUAGAAGGGCACGUUUCAGUUAGUUUGGAAUUUCGUAUUGAUCAUCUACAAUUUGUUCAUUGGGAGUCUGUAGGGUGAAAGCUUCAAAUUGCAUGCAAUAAGGCCAAGCUGAUAUUUUAAGAGCUGUUUUUUUUCCACAGUGUCCGAUGAUGAGUUUCGCGCAUUACAGCAUCACAUCAGAAGUCCUCCUGGAUCUCCUCGUUCCCUGACCCCACCCCGCUCCCCUGGAAACCGAAGGAGAGGAAAGACGUUGUCACUCUGUCUUCGUCCCCCAAUCAUAAUCGAAAAGGGUCCGCGUGGAUAUGGGUUUACUUUACAGGCCAUACGAGUAUACUUUGGCGAUACGAACUACUACAGAGUUCAUCACCUGGUGUCGGUUAGUCAUUUUUAUUCAUUCCUAAUGAGACACGGUAGUUUAAGGCCAACUUUACCGCACUGGUAAACAUGGAAGAAGUGACGCGUGAAUGAUUUUGAAAUAUUUUCAUUCACUGUUUACUUGUCUGUUCUUUUUCCUGUUGAUUUUACAUUUUAUCAGCAACUGUUAAUUGAUACAGUCUGAUAUCAUUUCUGUUACACCAUGGAUGAUUUCCACCUCAAAACGCCAAUGAACGUCUUGAUGACGUCUUAUUUCUUCAUUUUCAGAAUGUGGAUCAUGGAAGUGCAGCGUUUGAAUCAGGUCUCAGACCAGGAGAUUUGCUUACUCACGUCAAUGAUGAGGUAAGAUCUAUAGUUGCCUACCAUUGAGAUUUGGAAGUGUCUGGUUUUUCGGAGAACUGGAAACAUAUUUAGGAAUAAUUAAGACUAAUGUUAAUUAAUGUUUAACGCAUCCCAAGUACACCAAAGACAAACAAUAGAAACUGAAUCACUGGGGGCUUAAACUGUGAGCGACUGGUCAAGGAUACUGCAAAGGAAUAGUAAUGUAGUUUGACAGUAGCCUAAAUAAGACGUUUUUGUGGAGAGGCGGGUGGAGGUUGUGGUCGUACGAGCACCAGAAUUCGUCGUGGUUUUGUUACACGAGUGUUAAGAGGCCGGGCAUGGGGCGACAAAGACAGGCGAGCAGUUUCCGCCGCACUUCUCUUUUUUCGCGUUACUGUAGAGGUCGUUUAAAUUGUGUAUGGUUUAUUUCAUUGGCUAACAUAUCUGUAAUAGUGACUUACUCCUGACUAUGACCAGUUGUUCACAAGUUCUUUUAAUCGUAUUCUUUGUAGCCCGUAAUGGGACUUAGUCACCGUCAAGUCAUCGAGCUUAUUCUGGCAGGUGGAGCAAAAGUAAAACUUGGAGCUACGGAACUUGCCAAGACUUCUAUUAAAAGGGGCGGUCGAAAGCGAGUCCUUUCCAUGAGCAAACAAGUUCGUAAAAAGUUUCAAUUAAGACGCGGAAGAAGAGCGGCUACCUCACCAAAUGCACCAUCGUCUCCUGGCCCGGAAACCAGCGAUAAACAACCCAAGCAAAAAACUUUCUGGAAAAACUUAGGACGAAGAGCAAGUCACUCUCUUUCUCCAGGGACAAACCUUCGCCGGACCAGCUCAUUAAAACGCAUGGUGUCAUCUCCGGAUGGGAGGGGACAGCGACCCGCUUCACCAAAGUGUGCGUCACCCUCGUUUGAAUUUCGGACUCUGUCGGAUCAGUCGUCGUCAUCUGUCAGCAGCAGUCCAGCAUCGUCCCCGAGCUCACCGAGUGCUCAUAGCCUAGGACGACCAGGUGAAAAGAUCCAACCUAAACUAUUACAACAAAUUGACGUUAACUUGUCAGGAAUCAAUUCUAAAUUUUUUAAAAGUAGAAACAUUUUGCGCCUUUAAAUUCCCACCUUAAAUUAUUUUUCGGUUAGUCGACCAUUCUUUUGUCAUAAUUAUUCAAAACGGAAGCUCUUUUCGGAUCAUGUUGUAAGCGUAUGCAAAGACCUGGAAAAAACCCGGAAAACCUAGCAGUAGGUGAAAUGAAAAUGACUAAUAUCAAGUGUUUUUUGUCUUUGGGUUGUUCCGUUUGUGGGUGUUACAUGCCCGUUUUGUCCACUUUCCUCUUGUAGGGAAAAAGUGCAAUUUGACUUUUCUUUGAACAAUUAUAGAAGGCUGUUAAAGCGUGCGGUUCCCAUUUAUUAUAAAGUCGAACCUCCGUGUGCGACCACCUGUUGAGCGAUCUGUUUUCCAAAUCACCAACAUUCUCCCAUUUAAUGAACAUAGUUGGAACUUCUCGAAGUAACUAAACCGCGGCCACUUCAGCGCCUCGAAUGGUAGUUUACAUUUUUCCAUUGUUUGAGAGCUCCCGUAUGUGACCACGUGACACAUUCUGAUCGCUUACCGGUACAAAUUGAAUGACACGACGAGAGUAUACAAUGAAAUUUUAGUGACAACAUAGAUUUGCUCGCGUUUUAACAAGACUUCGAUUCAGUAUCUUCUUCUCCAAUAAGGAAAAGUUAUGUUAUGACGUUCUAACUGUAAGUGGUCGUUUCAGACAGUUCAACUGUAUCUAGAAAGGGUUAAAUUGAGAGAUCGAUAACUUUACUUUGUGCUCUGUGGUUAGAAUGUUACAGGCGUCCCUGUUUAAAAUGUGAUAUUCACAUACUGAUGCUUUUUCGUCGACAGAAAUACCUUCCAUCAUGUUAGGGAAAGCACGUAGCAGGCAGACGUCUUAAACUACUCUAAACGGGUCGCUUCAUUUUUAAUACUAUGUACCUUUUCUGCUGUGGUUCAACUUUAUCGUUGGUUUAAAUUUUAUUUUCGUUUGUUUUAAACUCGUCAAGCCGAAACACACUCUAAAACAAAGGGAAAAGAUAAUUAGAACCAAGUAUAAAAUUGAACCACAACAUACGUAAUGAAUUUGUUCGUGGAUUUAACGUUAACUUGGUGUUUUCACCCUGGCUGAUUAUACUUGUACGAAGUAGCCUUCGAUGGUUUCAUUUGGGGAGAACUUGGGAGUGUAUAGGAACCAUUUCAACAACGUAAGACCACAGUAAGAACUUGUGGCUGAAAAAAGCUUCAAAAUAGGUCUGAUAUGUUUUUUUCUUCUUCUUCCAGGAACUCUUCAAGGGCUUAUUCCAAAGUUACGCGCGGUUCGUUCACCAAGAAGAAAGUCAUCGACCCAUGUGCCAGUGUCCCCUCUUGCCAGAACACCUUCACCCACCUCAGUGUCACCUUCUCAUCCUCACAAUCAUAACCCCCGUAGCACUUCUCCACUGACCCUUCGGGGGUCCCCAGCGUCACCACAUUUGGCCAGUAUUACCCCUCAAACAUCGCCCAGACCUGGAUCACCGCUGUUAAGGCGCGCUUUGUCACCGGAACAUUUUCAUCUUAGUAAACAAGAUAAAAAGAGUGAGUUCCUCAGAAAGACUUCUAGAGACGAAAGGCUUGCCAUGGGGAGGCAGGACAGUCGACAUCAUCGCGGUAAACAUGACAUGUAUCAAGGGGUGCGAUGUGUUCUUGAACAAGAAAGUUUUGUGGAGCGUGCGCGAAGUACCAGCUUGAAUGAAACCAAGAGUAAGAAUAAACUAGAACUCAAAUGUGAACUGCGAAGGCACUCAGAGGAAGCGCCUAGUACUUUUUUGAGUCACAAAAACGAACUGAAGGAUUGUUCAGAGAAGAUAGGAGAAACAGUGCAUGAUACUAAACUCUAAAAGGCCGUCAAGGUUCAUAACUGACGAUUAUACAUCAAAAAGGAGUACAUAAAGAUAUAACCAAGUAUACUUUGUUUUAUAAUGCAACAUGUAGUUUUGUCACCUCGCGUGACAAAGUAUCACUUAACACUUUCAGUCAGACUGGCUUGAUUUAUGGUUCUUCUCUUUUGAGAAAAGUUGAAAAUCUUUACUAGUCUGUCUUUACGCCUUUUUCAGUUUGACCAAACACUGGUUUUCGGGGCCUGGAUUUACUUUAUUUAAAACAGUUGUUUUGUCCAACAAAAAUUGACAGAGCUCCAAGGAAAAUGCCAAAACUCUGGCUAUCUUGAUUUAAUACAGUACUGAAAUCGAGACGGAGUGAAUUGCUCCCGAGGCAUUAUCUUCAUAUAUCUAAGCAUUUCUUUCUCGGAAUGAAUACAGUCAACUCUCGCCUUGCGGACACCCCUCUAGGGACAGCAGUUAAAUCCCAGGCAAAAAUAAAUUACAGAGAUUUGACAGAAAUAAACUACGGACUCUCGCUAACGUGGACACUAACUCGAGGUACAGAGUCCGCUAUAAUGAGAAUUGACUGUACAACUUGCCAAUAUUUGGCCACGUAAAGGAACUGAGCUAACGUUGUUAAACGAUCAAACCAUUGCGGCUGUCGUGAUGUUGCAUUUGAUAACGGUUUGACUGAACCAUACCGUGUUCCAAUAUUAAUGUAAAUAAUCUUAAGUCAAUUUACCUUAACAUUUGUACAUAAGUAGUAACAUAAAGUUAAGUUUAUCGUAGAUUGUUGUGGUGUGAGGGCAGUAUCGCGCCGCCGGAGAGAGUGAAGAAUAAGAGUUAAAUAAAAACGUC